UUGUGUGUUUUUUUCGGUUGGAUCCAUUAAGAAUCCGGUCCGCCGUUGACCCGGACACUACUACUCCCAGACGCUGCAAGACACAAAACAAAUGGCGGCAGAGUCGGACCGGAAACCUGCUUCCGGUGGAAACUCAUCCACCGUGAACGGCGGAAGAACGGUGAAAGAGUGCCAAGACAUGAUCCGGAGAAGUCUCAGAACUCCAAUGGUGAAAUUUUUGAGGGAACAUUUGGAGAAAGCUGGAUGCAGUUUUGGGGACAAGUUCAUCGCGGCCGUCCACUGCGAUAAGGAGGUCAGUGGCGGUUACGUCCCCGGCGAAGGGAUAAUGGUAUGUAGCAAUCACAUGAACAUCCAAGAUGACGUGAACCAAGUAGUUAUCCAUGAGCUCAUUCAUGCAUAUGACGAUUGUCGUGCUGCAAACUUGGACUGGUCUAAUUGUGCCCAUCAUGCUUGUAGUGAGAUUCGGGCUGGUCAUUUAAGUGGUGAUUGCCACUACAAGCGAGAAUUACUGCGUGGUUUUAUGAAGAUUCGAGGACAUGAGCAAGACUGUGUGAGAAGAAGAGUUAUGAAAUCACUGAUUGGUAACCCUUACUGCUCGGAAACAGCAGCAAAAGAUGCUAUGGAAGCUGUUUGGGACGUCUGUUACAAUGAUACAAAACCCUUUGACAGAGCUCCUUAAAAAAUGGGAAUUUCUGCAUCUCUGUCAGUGCCCAAUCAGCCGUUAUUCCAAUUACUGAAUCGAUAUGAUACAUGGCCCGUCCUGGCUGAAAGCAAGAUAAUAAAUUUUCUAUCCACUUUUAUUAUUUGAGUUCCAUGUGACACUGAUCAUUUCUUUCAGAUUUACCCUUCAUUUUUCUCAUCAAGUUGAAGGGAGGAUCUGACCAACUUUUUUUGAAUUCUAUACCAGAGUGUAUACAAACAAUUUAUUGGAUUGACAUUUAAAAUGUAUUCUAUCUUUUUCACUCUGAUUAUUCAUUUUCUGAAAAUAAAUUGCAUCUUUUGGACCAA